AUGGAGACCACUAACAUCGCCGCUGCCGUCAACAACUACCUCUCCGCCGGCGGCCUCAUCUCCGCCGCCAAUCAAAACCCUAGAAGGGACCGCGACCGCGACAAAUCGGCUAUAGUUAUCGGCGAUGGCAGACGAGGGUCCGGCAGCCGCAAAGCUCCCGGCCCGACCGCCCCCAAAAUCACGCGGCCCUGCACCGAGUGCGGCAAGCAGUUCUGGUCAUGGAAGGCCCUUUUCGGCCACAUGCGCUGCCAUCCCGAGCGCCAGUGGCGCGGAAUCAACCCCCCGCCCAAUUUCCGCCACCACCGCCCACCGCCGCCGGAGACCAACGAGGAAGACUCCGAAAUGGCCGAGUGUCUGUUGCUGCUGGCCAACGGGACCCCAGCUCCCGAUUAUCAGAAGCACUGUUGCUCGAGCGCCGGCGGUUUCGAGUGCUCCGGAUGUAAGAAAGUGUUCGGUUCUCAUCAAGCCCUCGGGGGCCACCGAGCGAGCCACAAGAACGUUAAAGGCUGUUACGCCAUUAACAAGAAAGAUGGAGAUGGUCAGGGUCAGGGUCAGGGUCAGGUUCAGGGUCAGGAUCAGGAUCAGGAUCAUCAGGGGGGAGUUAGGGUUGAGGAUUGUGUGAAUAUUGGGGAAGAAGACGAUGAUGGGCACAAAUGCAGCAUUUGUUUUAGGGUUUUCACGAGUGGUCAAGCUCUUGGUGGGCACAUGAGGUGCCAUUGGGAUAAGUCCGUCGAGGAAUCGUCUAGGGUUUCCCAUGCCUUUGAUCUGAACACGCCGCCGCCACCGCCGCCACUCCGGGAGAAGGAUGACGCCGCCACUUCUGCGCUUUAUUCUUCGAUUGAAUGUGAGGAUGAUUUGGAUUUAAGGUUAGGGCUAUGA